AUGCGGUCUACACUCCGGCUUCUGGCCAAUGUCAAGCCUCGGUAUCUGGAGCCUUUUGCUCCAACCGGAUUGACCGGUCUCACCACCCACCCGAGCCCGCGCCCGACUUUGAUCUACCUCUACACUACAACGCUCCAGAAGCUGUCCCGGUUCCCCGAAUCGUCUGCCUAUCGCCAGUCCGUUGAAGCCCUGACUCGACACCGUCUCCAGAUUGUCGAGUCUCAGAAGCCCCCCGGCUUUGAGCAAUGGUUGGAGCGUGUGAAGAAAACCGUCGGUGCUGAGCCUGAGCGAUUCGCCCAAUUGCAGCGCUCUGAUGGCACCUUCGCCUAUGUCGGCUCGCAAGAGGCCAAUGGAAUGGACGAUCCUCGUGGAGCGGAGUGGAAUGGUGAGGGUGCUUCUCCCAUGACCGAGGGUCCUGCGCGUACCCCACAGGAAACUGCCGAGUGGCAGAAGAUCAUCGAGGAAUCCAGCUCUACUUCGGCAAAGGCAGAUGCGGACUUCUACGAAACCGAGAUGACUUGGGAGAACGAGCCUGCACUUGAGGCGGAGCAAAUCUCCCAGAUUGAGCACAAGAUCGGUGCUGGUCUCAUUGAGGAGGUCAUUCAGGUUGCCGAGGCCGAACUCAAGUUGACCGACGAGCUGUACAAGGCCAAGGUUUGGGAGGAGCUGGAAGAGAAGCCUGCUCCAGGCCAAUGGUCAUAUUUCGAGCGUGGCAACUAA